AUCCUGAUGAUGGUUAAUGUCUUCAUUUAUUUGAUCAUGGAAGUCUCCAAAAGUAGCAGCCAAGAAAAAAAUGGAAAGGGGGAAGUAAUAAUACCCAAAGAAAAGUUCUGGAAGAUCUCUGACCCCCCUGUGGCGUACUGGAACAGAGAACAAGAAAAGCUGAACAGGCGGUACAAUCCUAUCUUGAACAUGUUGGCCAACCAGACGGGGGACGUAUACGGGUUUUCCAACAUAAGCCAUCUAAAUUUUUGUGAACCUGACCUGAGGGUCAUGUCAGUAGUUUCAGGUUUCAGCAAUUUGCCAGACAGAUUUAAAGACUUUCUGCUGUAUUUGAGAUGUCGAAAUUAUUCACUACUUAUAGAUCAGCCAGAUAAAUGUGCAAAGAAACCCUUCUUAUUACUGGCGAUAAAGUCCCUCAUCCCACAUUUUGCUAGAAGGCAAGCAAUUCGGGAAUCUUGGGGCAGAGAAACCAAUGUGGGGAACCAAACGGUAGUGAGAGUCUUCUUACUGGGGCAGACCCCGCCCGAGGACAACCACCCGGACCUGUCCGAUAUGCUGAAAUUUGAGAGUGAGAAGCACCAGGACAUUCUUAUGUGGAACUACAGAGACACUUUCUUCAACUUGUCCCUAAAAGAAGUGCUCUUUCUCAGGUGGGUGAGCACUUCUUGCCCAAAUGCCGAGUUCGUUUUCAAGGGCGAUGACGAUGUUUUUGUGAACACCCAUCACAUCCUGAAUUACUUGAAUAGCUUACCCAAGAACAAAGCCAAAGAUUUGUUUAUAGGCGAUGUGAUCCACAAUGCUGGACCUCAUCGGGAUAAGAAACUGAAG